CGUUACCCCAGGGGGACACCGCCAAGGUCGCAAUGAUCAAGUCGCUAUUGACGCUGCUAGUGCUGGCGCUGAGCGCCGUCUCUUUGAAUGCCGUGCAAUUUGACAUCCGACGCCGCGCUGAGAAGUGUCUGAGCGACGAGGUAGCUCAGGGAAGCCUCGUGGUGGUUCACUACAACGUGAUCGGCGGCGUGCGUGGCCAAUCGGGCGUCUCAUUGGCCAUUACGGACCCGCUGCGCAAGUUCCUCAAGCAGGACGCUAACAUCGACACGUCGUCCGACGAUAUCCACAAGUUCUCGUUCACUGCGGAUGCUGGUGGCAACUAUGCCGUGUGCUUCGUCAACAGCAACGACAAGCCCGUGCGUGUGAUGCUCGACUUUAAGCACGGUGUGGAGGCCAAAGACUACACGGAAGUGGCCAAGCGCGAGCACCUCAUGCCUGUCGAGAAGGAACUGCGCAAGAUGGAGGACACAGUGGACGAGAUCCACCGCGAGAUGCUCUACAUGCGCGAGCGCGAGGCCACCAUGCGCAACACGAACGAGUCUACCAAUUCGCGCGUGCUCUGGUUCAGCUUCUUCUCCAUCGUCGUGCUCCUUGGCAUGGGCGUGUGGCAGGUUAUGUACCUCAAGAAGUUUUUCAAGAGCAAAAAGCUCAUCUAAGUACACACCAACACUAGCGCGAGAGAGCGACAGGGCUCCUCUC